AACGAAAGAUUAUAAAUACAGAGGCAGAAAAUAAGAGUAGCAAGUUAGCAACUACUCCGUAUCAAGUAAAGUCCAUAUUCAACAUUUCGCCAAUUUCAGAAGUUCGUUCAUUUUCAGCUUAAGCUUCCUGAAGAUUGUUGUAGAAGAAUGGAGGAAAACUGGUGCUGGCCAGCAAUUGGAAUUGAUUUCGGGUCUAGAUUUUUAAGUGUGGGAGUUUGUCAGUAUGAUCGAGUUAAGCUUAUAACCAACGAUCAGGGCAGCGGGAAAACACCAUCUUGUGUUGCUUUUACUGAUACUGACUACCUUGUUGGUGAUGCUGCCAAGAACCAAAAUGCUACAAAUCCAGCAAACACCGUCUAUGAUGCAAAUAAGUUCAUAGGAAAGACAUACAGUGAUAUAACAGCUCAAAAUGACCUCAGAUUCUUGCCAUUUAAAGUCAUUGGUGAUGCGGAAAAUGAUAAGCCUACAAUUGUGGUUUCAUACAACGGUAAGGAGAAGCAGUUUUCUGCAGAGGUGAUAUGUUCUAAGUUGCUAAUGAAGAUGAAGGAGAUUGCAGAGGCCUCUCUUGGUGUGAAAGUGAUGAAUGCAGUCAUCACUGUGCCAGCUUACUUCAAUGAUUCUCAACGUAGGGCAACAAAAGAUGUUGCAGUUAUGGCUGGGUUCAAGACUGUUUGUGUUAUCAACGAACCAACAGCAAUCGCCAUAGCUUAUGGUUUACACAAGCAAGUUGAUAAUUCUAGCUGCCUUUGUAAAAAUGUGCUGGUUUUCAACCUUGGUGGAAGGAUCCUAGAUGUUUCUGUGCUAACUAUUAAUAAGGAUAUGGUUGAGUAUAAAGCAGUCCAUUGGAGACCCCAACUUGGUGGAGAUAAUUUUGAUAUGAAUAUGGCUGAGGACAUCAUUAAAUCGUUAACAGUUCCAGAUGAAGUUAAUCAAAUCCCCAUUGAGCAUUUUGAGUUGUUAGCUUCUUGUGAGAAGGGAAAGAGGACUCUUUCUACAUGCCAUGAGGCUGUUAUCAAUGUGUAUUCAAAACCUAAAACUAUCACUCGUGAAACAUUCGAAAAGUUGAAUGAAGAUUUAUUCAAAGAGUGUAUCCCCCUUGUUGAGAAAUGCUUGAGAAGUGCCAAUAUGAAAAAAACAGAGAUCCAUGACGUUGUCCUAGUUGGUGGGUCGAGCAGGAUUCCGAAGGUACGGAAGAUAGUGGAAGAGUUUUUCAGUAAAGAGGUGAUCCGCUUUGGUAUCAACCCUGGGGAAGUGGUUGCUUUUGGGGCUGCCAUUCAUGCUUCAAUGUUGAGUGGUGUUGAUGUUUCUCCUACCAUUUAUGCUUCAAUGUUGAGUGGUAUUGAUGUUUCUCCUACUAUUCCUCAUACGGAGCUUCUUCCUGGUGCAGCUGCAAGUACAAGUACAAGUGCAAGUGCAAGUGCAGAUGCAGAUGCAAAAGAUGAAGGUGCAGCUGUUCUUGCUCUGCUAAAAUUGAAACCUGCAGAUGCAGGUGCAGCUGAAAGUGCAGGUGCAGGUGUAGGUGCAGGUGCAAGUGCAGUACAAACCAAAGUCCAGGAAUCUUUUCCAUCUUUAAUCUUACAGGACAUUGAUGCACUGCUAGAAGACUUGUCAAAGAUAAUCAGAUUGAAUACCAUUUCUAUCGCCUCUUCAAAAGAUCAAUUCAUAGACCUUUUGGAGAAGAUCAGGGUCAACCCAAUUGAUUUAACACUAACCCAGGAACUAUCUCAAUUACUCACACAAUUCCACCCCACACUACCUCUCCAUUCCCUGAGAGUUAUCAUAUCUCUUGAAGAAAGUCUUUUGGCUACCCAAAAUCAGCUCAAUCAAUUGACUUUGAGAGAGGCUACUCUUCCUGUGAAACAUGCUGAAGCUGUUGAAGUUUCAAACACUCUUAUGAGGCUUAAAGACAAUAUACAAAAGAAGAUGUCUUCCCGAAAUCAAAUCAGAUCAAGAAUAGCUGAUACAGACGCGAAAAUUGCCGAGUUAAAGAAGAUCAAAUCUCAACUGGAAGAAGAACUCAGUUUAGCAGAGCAAGAACUUUGCAGUAUGCCUGAUUCCAUAAAUGCUGAUGUUGAUCUUGCAAGGCAGAAGUCUGCACAUUUGGCUCACCUUAAACAGGCCACCAACUUUAAGGCUAAUGCUUUGACUUUGUUUGAGGCUGCCGUUAAUAGCUUUGUCAAUUACUUCAGAAGUGUGUGAAUUCAACAGGUUAAUUUGAUCAAACUUGUUCAUAGAAUUUUUUACCAUACUCUUCUUAAAACAGUGUAAAUCUCUCUCGAUACUCUACAUUUGUACAGUCCGGUUUUCCGUUGUAUUUGUUUGAAAGAAAUGCUGACUUUGAUCCAUAAUUGGAGGGGUUUAACAUUAGUACAUUUCUCAGGAGAGGGAUUAAAGGCUAAUCAAUUGUCUUUUCUUGUCGAA